GAUACAAUAUCCUCCGGGUACCGGCUGCUUGCUUGCAGCAUCCCUGCAGUGCCCGUUUACGGUGUCCUCGCGGACUCAUUAGCAUACCAGUUGGACUUGACAGGGUUACUUAGACAAUCGGAAUUAAUCUGAAGUGGUUUGCUCCCCUGCAAACUCAUUAGAUUAUUUCCCCCAGCUUAGUCACAGAAAUAAUAAUGAUGAGAAAGGAACGUGACAGAGACCGUGACGACCGCGCGAAGGACCGCGAGCGCGACAGGGACCGCGACAGGGACCGAGACCGGGGGGGGGAGCGCGACAGAGAGCGGGACGGACGCGGCGGGUCGGGAGGCGGAGGCUCGCUGGGGUUGGGCCUGGGGGCCGGCGGUGUGCCCAUGGGUCUGGCCGGAGGCGUCCUGCUGCCCCCCCUGAAGCAGACGGCGAUGCACCAGCAGAUCAACCCCUUCACCAACCUGCCGCACACACAGCGAUACUACGACAUCCUGAAGAAGCGCCUGCAGCUGCCCGUGUGGGAGUACAAGGAGCGCUUCAACGACAUCCUCACCAGGCACCAGUCCUUCGUCCUCGUGGGCGAGACGGGCUCGGGGAAAACAACACAGAUCCCCCAGUGGUGCGUGGACAUGGUGCGCGGGGUGGCGGGGCCCAAGCGGGGGGUGGCGUGUACGCAGCCGAGGCGAGUGGCGGCCAUGAGCGUGGCCCAGCGCGUGGCGGACGAGAUGGAUGUCAUGCUCGGACAGGAGGUCGGGUACUCAAUCCGAUUUGAAGACUGCAGCUCCGCCAAGACCAUCCUGAAGUACAUGACUGAUGGUAUGCUACUGAGAGAGGCGAUGAAUGACCCUCUCCUGGAGAGGUACGGAGUCAUCAUCCUGGACGAGGCUCACGAGAGGACACUCGCAACAGACAUCCUGAUGGGAGUACUGAAGGAAGUGGUCAGACAGCGCUCAGAUCUCAAGAUCAUCGUGAUGAGCGCCACGCUGGAUGCAGGGAAGUUCCAGGUGUAUUUCGACAGCUGCCCGCUGCUGACCAUCCCCGGCCGCACGCACCCCGUGGAGAUCUUUUACACGCCGGAGCCCGAGCGGGACUACCUGGAGGCCGCCAUCCGCACCGUCAUCCAGAUCCACAUGUGCGAGGAAGACGAGGGAGAUGUGCUGCUCUUCCUCACCGGACAGGAGGAGAUUGACGAGGCGUGCAAGCGGAUCAAGCGUGAGGUGGAUGAUCUGGGUCCUGAGGUGGGCGACAUUAAGAUCAUCCCCCUCUACUCCACUCUGCCCCCCCAGCAGCAGCAGCGGAUCUUUGAGCCCCCGCCCCCGCGCAAGCCCAACGGGGCCAUCGGCAGGAAGGUGGUGGUAUCCACUAACAUAGCUGAGACGUCCCUGACCAUUGAUGGUGUUGUGUUUGUUAUUGACCCAGGAUUCGCCAAGCAAAAGGUGUAUAACCCCCGUAUCAGGGUGGAGUCGUUGCUGGUGACGGCCAUAAGUAAAGCUUCAGCGCAGCAGAGGGCAGGGAGAGCUGGAAGAACACGGCCGGGGAAGACCUUCAGACUCUACACAGAGAAGGCCUACAAGACAGAGAUGCAGGACAACACGUACCCUGAGAUCCUGCGCUCCAAUCUGGGCUCCGUGGUGCUGCAGCUCAAGAAGCUGGGCAUUGAUGACCUGGUGCACUUUGACUUCAUGGACCCCCCAGCUCCUGAGACCCUGAUGCGAGCGCUGGAGCUCCUGAACUACCUGGCAGCCCUGAACGACGACGGAGACCUGACGGAGCUGGGUUCCAUGAUGGCCGAGUUCCCCCUCGACCCCCAGCUGGCCAAGAUGGUCAUCGCCAGCUGUGAGUUCAACUGCUCCAACGAGAUCCUGUCCAUCACAGCCAUGCUGUCAGUCCCACAGUGCUUCGUCCGGCCAACGGAGGCCAAGAAGGCUGCAGACGAGUCCAAGAUGCGCUUCGCACACAUCGAUGGGGACCACCUGACCCUGCUCAACGUGUACCACGCCUUCAAACAGAAUCAUGAGUCAACGCAGUGGUGUUAUGAUAACUUUGUGAACUACCGCUCUCUGAUGUCAGCUGAUAACGUGCGUCAGCAGCUGUCACGCAUCAUGGACCGCUUCAACCUGCCGCGCCGGAGCACGGAGUUCACCAGCAGAGACUACUACAUCAACAUCAGACGGGCUCUAGUCACCGGCUUCUUCAUGCAGGUGGCUCACCUGGAGCGGACGGGUCACUACCUGACGGUGAAGGACAACCAGGUGGUGCAGCUUCAUCCCUCUACGGUGCUGGACCACAAGCCAGAGUGGGUCCUCUACAACGAGUUUGUGCUCACCACCAAGAACUACAUCCGCACGUGCACCGACAUCAAACCAGAGUGGUUAGUCAAGAUUGCCCCCCAGUACUACGAGAUGGGCAACUUUCCACAGUGUGAAGCCAAGAGACAGCUGGAGAGGAUCGUCGCCAAGCUCCAAACCAAGGAAUACUCCCAGUACUGACCCUACCCCACACACACACACACACACACACACACACUCACACACACACACACACUCACACACACACACACACUCACACACACACACACACACACACACACACACACACACACACACACACACACCUUCCCCACAUGCACACGGACUGGUCAGAUGUCAAACAUGUUUCGCGAUGAGCAUCCCCGCUCAAACUGUACAUUGUCCAAAUCUGUUCAACAUUAGUUUGCAGGUUUUGUUUUCCAUGUUAUUUUUUUCUUUCUUUUUGUUUCAUGUUGUUGAGAUUUGAUUAUUUUUUAUAACUUCAGUUUGCCAUCCUGCUCUGCCUCAGCGAGAGCAUCUAGUGGGUCUGUUACCAUGGGAACAGGAUGGCAGGGGGCCGUGAUGCGGUGUGACCCCUCCGCAUUAAGCAUGAGCAUUCAUGUGGAUGUCGACAUUCCUUCUAGACCUCGAGACCCUUUUUCCUGAGCUGUAACUGAGUAGGACAUCCUCAUAUCGGCAUGGGGCUUAGAUUCAAUAAAAAACCUCUAAACCUG